AUGGAACUCAUCGCAGAAAAUGCUUCCCCAAGGGAGUUCCAGGCAGCAGGCUCCCCGCCCUGCGACAUGCACUGUUCAAGAGAGGUGCGUGCUGAGUCUCAGCCACUCUGUCAUGUCCAGCUCUUUAUGACCCCGUGGACGAUGGCCCACCAGGCUCCACUGUUUGUGGGAUUUUUCAAGCAAGAAAAUUGGAGUGGGUUGCUAUUUCCUCCUCCAGGGAAUAUUACUGGACCAGGGAUCGAACCUGCGUCUUCUGCAUUGGUAGGCGGAUUCUGUACCACUGAGGUAUCUGGGAGGCCCAAGAGAGGAGUCAAAGAUACGGACUUGAGAACAGACCUUCUGUUAACCUAA